GUGACUUGGAUAACACAGGUGAUUUGGCACGCAGUUGACGACUGUUAGUUGCCACACAAUAAAAUCGUCCUCCAAAUCAACAAUGAAGUUGACGAUUUUUGGAUGUGAUGAAUGGAGUGAAAUGGGAUAAGUUCAGUAAACAUUCUAAAGCAAUUUAUAGUUCAAUGAAUAAUUCGUGACCAAGGUAUAAAUUCAGUGAUUUUUUAAACAAUUCCCCAUAAAAUGGCAUCGUCUACUUUACAUUCCAAGACAAACCCAUAUAUUUCAUCAAUUUUUUUUUUUAAUGUAAUCUUUGAAACUGAUGUUUUCUAGUCAAAUUCGUAUAUAUUUUGCAAAGUGAUUCCAAGAAAAUUCACGUCUCUUGAUGCGAUCCAUUGCGUCCGUUGUACAAAAGGCCGCCGAGCACCGAUUCAAUUUAUUUAUAAUCAUCGUCCAUGGCCGUUCAUCUUCCCCACCCACUCCAUCUUCUGCUCUUCAACAGGUCUCUCUCUCUCUCUCACACGCGCACGGACACACACACAUUUACUGUCAUUUGAUAUUUUGAUUGAUGAUGCUGUAGAGUAUUUCACCAUACCUUUUCAUUUCUGCAGAAAAAAGUUCAAAAUUCUGCAAUGUUGAACAACAAUGGAGGUAUUUAUCUAUGUAUAUGUGUAUGUAUAGGCACACUUAGUUUCAAAUCUUUAAACGUUUAUUUGUAUUUUUAUUUUUAUUUUUUAGCAGAUGCUAAUGAAUCUCGGAAGAGAAAACUGAAACAAGUUGAAGAAACAAGGCAAUCCCAAUCACAUGCACAAGAAAUUUUGAACAUAGUUGCUCCAUUCAAAUCUUUCACAGCCAUGCUAACUGAAGCUGAUAGCAGCAUUCUCACGCCAAAUGUGCAAAGUCUGAGUGUUCAAGUUGAUCAUAUGAUCAACACACAUGUAAUGAUUUUUCUUCCUUUUUCAUUUUUUUGGGUUUUUUUUCGAGUGUGUCUAAUGCGGUCCUUAUGUUUCGUGCAGAACGAGAACUUGAGGCGGGGGUUGGCCGGAAUGUGGGGGAAGCAUUACAAUGCACUCCAGUGCUCAGCAGAGGAAAGAGUGGCUGAGAAACUGAAAGAGAAGGAAAUGGAAAUGAUAGAAAAGGUGCAUCAGAAUGAGAAGCUUGAAGCGACUUUGUUAAGUUACAGAGGAGAAGCACGACGUUUAUUAGAUAGGAACAAGGAGUUGGAAGAGAUGGUAUCAAAUUACAGAGCAGAGGCAGACAGUUUAUCGAGCAGGUUGAUGGCUAAGGAGCAAUUGCUUAUGAGUCUGAGGGCAGCAUUGCGCACGGCUACAUCAGCACAUCCGUACCAGGAUAGGCAGGAAGAGGACGCUGAGUCAUCGUAUGUGGACCCCGAGCAAGAUUUCAGUGUGAAGCUCAAGUGCAAGAUUUGUGAGAGCAGACUUGCGAUGGUGAUGCUGUGGCCAUGUAGCCAUGUUUGCAUCUGCACACGUUGCGAGUCAACCACCAGAUCCUGCCCAGUUUGCCGGACACUAGCAACUACAAGUGCUCGUGUGCAUCUCCCUCUCAAUUAGGACACUCUUAUCCUCGUCCCAGUCUACUCUCCCCUGGUUACAUUGUUUUUGGAUUUGUUUCGUGAGGUCCUUAGGUUUGGAUCUAAAACUAUUUGUGUUAAACUUAUGUCUCUUCACCAAAAAUCUAUACACAAAUACAAUUGAUCAGACUGUAUCCAUUGAAUUGGCACCGCUUCAUUACAUUCCAGUCUUUUCUAAAUGUAAUGAAUUUGUAACAAGGAUUCAACACUAAACAGUAGUAAAAAUUGAUCAACAUGGCUAGAUAGGCUGGAAAAAAGAAGAGCUUACAUGGCAUCUAAUUCUGCAGUUACGCCCAAACUCUCUUUCGGAGGACAAGAUCUGAUGUUUUUAUCUCGUCUAUUUUAGCAGCAACAAUGAAAUCAUUCA